AUGAAUCUCAAAAUGCCAGUCUCUCAGCCUUCAGAUACUCUCCAAUCUGUGGACGAUCAUACCAGAGCAACAAUCGAGACUCUGUUCGCUUUCCUACACGCUCAAGGUCAAGGAGAUUACCUUGGAGAGCGAGUGACUCAGCUGGAACAUUCUCUCCAAUGCGCUCAUCUUGCAACCCAAUCAGCAGACUACGCGAACGACCCGGAGGUUAUUAUCGCCGCAUUGUUACACGAUGUCGGGCGUUUCAUCCCCGCCGCAGAGAAAAUGGACAAAAUGAUGACCCCGGACGGUCAGUAUGUCGGCCGUAUGAGCCACGAAAUUCUUGGCGAAUCUUAUCUGCGCCAGAUUGGAUUCAGUGAAAGGGUGUGCCAGUUGGUCGGGGCACAUGUCAUGGCUAAGCGGUACCUUGUUGCUACCGAUAAAACUUAUCAUGACGGACUGAGUGAGACUAGCAAGCGAACUUUACGCUUUCAGGGGGGAGAGUUUACUGAGGCGGAAAUUGCUGAGGCGCAAAAAGACCCUUGGCUGCAGGCUAAGCUCUCGGUUAGACGAUGGGAUGACCUGGCCAAAGACCCUGAUUGUGUGGUAUCUCCUCUUGAGGCCUACAAGGAAAUUGCAUACCACUGCCUACUAAAAUCACGGUCCAAGUUCACUCUCCACACCAGGGAAUAUCGUCUCCCAACCCGGCCUACGGUCGUUAUUUGCAUCGAUGGAUUCGAUCCGGAGUAUCUAGAGUCCGGUUUAAUUAGAGGACUUCUCCCUACAUUCAAGGCAAUUAUGGAAAAUGGAUUCCACGCCCCAGCCAAGAGCUGUAUGCCUUCAUUUACGAAUCCCAACAAUGUGUCCAUCAUCACAGGCGCACCACCAUCCUUCCACGGAAUCGCAGGUAACUUCUUUCUCGACCGAGAAAGCGGGGAGGCAAAGAUGAUCACAGAUGAUUCUCUACUGCGAGGUUCCACGCUACUCGAACAAAUGUUCCAGAGAGGUGUGCGGAUCGGUGCCAUUACAGCAAAGGACAAAUUGCGCAAGAUCAUCGGACAUGGCCUGAAAGGUGCAAUCUGCUUUUCCGCCGAGAAAGUCGCAGACUGCACACUCGAGGAGAAUGGAAUUGAAGGUGUCGAAAACUGGCUUGGUCAGUCGGCUCCCAGUCAAUACUCCGGGGAGUUAUCGUUGUUUGUUUUGGAUUCAGGCAUCAAACUUCUACAAGAGAGAAGGUCGGACUUCUUAUACCUGACUCUCUCUGACUACAUCCAGCACAAACAUGCUCCUGGAAGCAAAGAGGCGGAUGAGUUCAUGGGCGCAAUUGACGAUCGUCUAAAGAAACUUGUUUCGCUGGCACCGGUCGUUGGGGUGACUGGUGACCAUGGGAUGAAUCAAAAGUCGAAUGAGUCGGGGGAGCCUAAUGUGCUUUUCCUUGAAGAAGCUCUCAAUGCGAAUUUCGGCCCCGAUGCUACCCGGGUUAUUUGUCCUAUAACGGAUCCAUUCGUGCGGCACCAUGGGGCGCUUGGAUCUUUCGUGCGUGUCUAUUUGAAGGACAUUGCAAAGAUUUCAUCCAUUCUGUCUUUUUGCCAGUCGCUUCCUGAAAUCGAAGAGGCUCUCAGCCGGAAGGAUGCGGCGGAGAAAUAUGACAUGCCUCUAGAUCGGGAGGCUGACAUCGUUGUGAUAUCUAGGUCUCAUGCGGUGAUGGGGAGCAAUAAAGUGGAUCAUGAUCUUUCGCAAUUGAAAGAUCAUCCGUUGCGAUCGCAUGGAGGAUUGAGUGAGCAGGAUAUCCCGGUGCUUAUGUCAAAGACAGUAAAAAGGGAAGUGCCAAAUGGGAAGAGCUGGAGGAACUAUGAUAUUUUUGAUCUUGUUCUCAACUGGUCUGCCUGA